UCUCGUUGUUUGAGGAUCCUGUGGUUUACAAAGAAGCUCCCUUACUUUUAACUAAUUACAGAGUUAAUAAGUAAUCAGGGACAAAUAUGUCGUCUCAUAACCUAAUCGGACCUGCCUUGCCCCCGAUGUUCAGAGAGGAGAGUGAUGAAGACUCUGAAAAUGAAAGCGGAUUCGCUGGCCCCGCUCUGCCCCCCGGUUAUAAACGGGGAGAACCGUCGAGCUCAUCGGAUGAAAGUGAGCAGGAGGUGUCGGUCAAAAGACCCAAGACAAGUCACACACCUGCAGAGGCAGAGACGACAAAGGUACCAGAAGAAGAAGAAGAUGAUGGUUUCUUUGGACCAGCUCUUCCACCAGGAUUUAAGAAAAAACAGAGUUCACCAGAAAGGCCACCUCUGCUGGGACCAGCUUUGCCUCCUGGGUUUCGCAGAGCAGCAUACGUUAACGAUGAUGAUGAUGAAAAUAAUGAUGAAGAUGGAGAGGGUUUCCCGGGCCCUGCACUACCCCCAGGCUAUCAGGCUGAACCCUCCAGCAGCGAGGGAGAGGAAGAGGAUGAAAUCGGACCCAUGCCGGCCAAAGGGCCCGUUCAAGACUCUGUGGCUCUGGACUUUGAGCGCAGGGCAAGAAUGAUGAAAGAGAAACUGACUAAAGAUGACACUCCUGAGGUGCUGGCCAGAGAAACAUGGAUGACAGAGCUCCCACCAGAACUGCAGCACAUUGGCUUGGGGGCACGAACUUUCAAGAAGAAGUCGGGCCCAGAGAAAGGAGACCGCUCUAUUUGGACUGAUACGCCUGCAGACACGGAGCGCAAGGCCAGGGAGCGCCUUGAGGGAAAGAAAAAGGUUGAGGUGGAGAAAUGCAGUAACCCUCAUGUCGCCAGGAAGGACAUGGAAAUGGCAGAGAAAGUGACUAAGUAUAAUGAGUCUAAACGUGCUGAGUCUCUGAUGAGUUUGCACACAAAGACCAUGAAGGAAAAGGCAAAGGAGUCGGCUGACAAGCCAGUGGAGAGGAGACCAUUCGAUCGGGAUGCAGACCUACAGGUCAACCGCUUUGAUGAUGCGCAGAAGCAGCGGCUGCUGAAGAAAUCUCAGGAACUGAACACACGCUUCUCCCACAGCAAGGAAAAAAUGUUUCUUUAAGAAGUUGUCAAAAUGUACACUUUUAAAGGUGCUGACCUCUAGUUACUAUAUGCCUUUCUGGUUACUAUCUGACAUUUUUACACAGGGUUUGUAAAAUAUGAACCACGUUUCUAUCAAUGCUUAUGUGUGUAACAAAAGGAGAAUUACAUUUUAUGUUGGUGUAUGAGGUAAACUGAA